CCUCAAUUGCUUUGAUAAAUGAUCUUAAUAGAUAUCAUAAAACUAUUAAUAAAAGUAAUUUUCAAAUAUGUACUGCCAAUUCUAUUUACAUCGUUUAUUAUUUAUGAAUGGCCAAACUUGAAUGCCAAUCAGGCCAGAAUUUUAAUGAGUAUAAAUGUAGUGUUGAUAGUAAGGCUAGAAAAUUGUUUUGCAUUUUAUAGGUUUUUAUUUGUAGUAAAGUAGAUUCUAUAAACAGAAAAGUAGAUUUGAAUAUGAAAUGACAAUUUUUUUAGCAACUGUGAAAGUUGUGAAUUCAUUCCAAGCUCAGCCUGCCAGUGAAUCAAUUUACAUUAUAGUACAUUACACAAUUAAUAGAUUUGUGAAUGGGUUUUCGAUUUGUUUCUACUAUCCAAUGCUCUUUGUUAUGCUUUCUCUUUUUGCACAAUUAUAAUUUUUGUUCUUAUAGUGAUUUUUGGACUUAUUAGAGGAGAGAUUCCUAUUGUAAACAGAGCAUUAUCUCCAGAAGAACUUUAGAGAUUGACACGAAAACCAUGGGUUGAAUAUCAAGUCUAAUAAUAAGAAGAUUGUCCUAUUUGUUUGUGUUAAUUAGAAUAAAUGGAGAUAGUCGUACAAUUACCUAAAUGCAACCAUUAUUUUCAUGAUACUUGCAUUGAUGAAUGGCUUAAUACAAAACCUUUAUGUCCAUCCUGUAGAAAUAAUGUCAGAAUUGCAUUACUAAAUGAUUGA